ACUUAUUUUGGAGCUAAAACGGAAUUUUAAAUAUGGUAUUUCGUCACCAACCUUUCCAAUACCCACGAAAUUGCAGCUUAAAAGAUCAAGUUGAUAGCGUUGAACACGAUUUGCUAUAUUUAGGAAAUAAAAUUCGUGGACUUGAAGAUGCAUUGGACAAUCCCAAUAUUGACCAAACAAUAGUUGCUGUGUUAGAAGAUGAAAUAUUAGUGAUGAAAGCUGAAGUCGAGAAACAUAAACAAAACGUUAAAACCUUGCACAAAGACAGAUCCAAACAGAUAGGCAUAAUUACCAUUCUAAUAUUUAUUAUAUUGAUAGUAUUCACUAUGUACAGACUGUUUUAUGCUUGGUAUUAAAAUAAUAUUCAACAUCAAUGUAUGCAAAUGUACUGCUGGGUAUAUAUACAUUGCGAAUAAAAAAUAUAAAUUUCCAUGUUUUA